AUUGAAUAAGGACUGUACUAAACUGUAAGUUAUUGGAUCGUGUUGCUCGUUCGUGUUUGUGAUUUUUCGUGUAGUUAUGGCGGAUGAGAGUGUGACUGAUCAAUUGAAAGAACUGAAAAUGGAAGAAAAGAAGAAUACUAAAGAUGGAGGAAAGAAGAAAAACAAGAAUGCUGCUGGAGAUGCAGGUGGAAAGACUGAGCUGAGUCCUCCACCACAGUACAUUGAUGAGCGCCUGUCCAUUUAUAACAAACUGAAGGAAGAGCAUGAUGCCCUUCUGGCUGAGAAAGCAGCAAAAGAAAGCAAGCCCAUCAAGAUCACACUGCCUGAUGGAAAAGUUGUAGAUGGAGAGUCCUGGAAGACCACACCUUACCAGGUUGCCUGUGGGAUCAGUCAAGGCCUUGCUGAUAAUACUGUGAUCUCCAAAGUGAACAACGGGGUAUGGGAUCUGGACAGGCCCCUAGAGGAAGACUGCAGUCUAGUGUUUCUCAAAUUUGACGAUGAAGAGGCACAAGCGGUUUACUGGCACUCAAGUGCUCACAUAAUGGGAGAGGCCAUGGAGAGAGUUUAUGGUGGCUGCCUAUGUUACGGACCACCCAUCGAAAAUGGCUUUUACUAUGAUAUGUAUCUUGAUAAUGAAGGUGUAUCGAGUAAUGAUUUCCCCUGUUUGGAGAACCUGUGUAAGAAGAUCAUCAAAGAGAAGCAGCCCUUUGAGAGGCUAGAGGUAAAGAAGGAGACUCUGCUGGAGAUGUUCAAGUACAACAAGUUCAAGUGCAGGAUCCUGAAUGAAAAGGUUACCACCCCAACCACUACAGUGUACAGGUGUGGACCCUUGAUUGAUCUGUGCAGAGGGCCUCAUGUAAGACAUACUGGAAAAAUCAAGGCCAUGAAGAUCCACAAGAAUUCCUCUACAUACUGGGAGGGCAAAGCUGACAUGGAGAGCCUUCAGAGGAUCUAUGGCAUCUCUUUCCCUGAUCCCAAGAUGCUGAAGGAAUGGGAGAAGUUCCAGGAAGAAGCCAAGAACAGGGAUCAUCGCAAACUAGGACGGGAGCAAGAUUUGUUUUUCUUCCACGACCUGAGCCCGGGUAGCUGUUUCUUUCUCCCUAAAGGAGCAUACAUCUAUAAUACGCUGAUCGAGUUUAUUAGGAGUGAAUACAGGAAAAGAGGAUUCCAGGAAGUGGUCACACCAAACAUCUACAACAGUAAACUGUGGCAAACCUCAGGACACUGGCAGCACUACAGCGAAAACAUGUUCUCCUUUGAGGUGGAGAAGGAGAUCUUUGCCCUCAAGCCUAUGAACUGCCCUGGACAUUGUCUGAUGUUUGACCACCGGCCACGUUCUUGGAGGGAACUUCCCCUGCGUCUGGCUGAUUUUGGGGUUUUGCAUCGUAAUGAGUUGUCUGGAGCUCUGACUGGCCUGACAAGAGUCAGACGCUUCCAACAAGAUGAUGCUCACAUCUUCUGCUCGAUGGACCAGAUUGAGUCUGAGAUCAAAGGUUGUCUGGACUUCCUGCGUACGGUGUAUGAUGUGUUUGGCUUCACAUUUAAACUCAACCUUUCCACCAGGCCUGAGAAGUUUCUAGGAGAACCUGAAGUGUGGGAUCAGGCUGAGAAGCAACUGGAGAACAGUCUGAAUGAUUUCGGAGAGAAAUGGGUUCUGAAUCCUGGUGAUGGGGCUUUCUAUGGACCAAAGAUUGAUAUCCAGAUAAAGGAUGCCAUCGGCAGGUAUCACCAAUGUGCCACCAUUCAGCUGGACUUCCAGCUGCCCAUUCGCUUCAAUCUCACAUUUGUAAGUCAUGAUGGUGAUGACAAGAAGAGACCAGUGAUCAUCCACAGAGCCAUCCUGGGCUCAGUGGAACGGAUGAUCGCUAUCCUGACAGAAAACUAUGGAGGGAAAUGGCCACUUUGGUUGUCCCCGCGUCAGGUGAUGGUGGUUCCUAUUGGACCCACCUGUGAUGAAUACGCUCAGAGAGUACAAAAGGAGUUCCACAAAGUUGGUUUGAUGACGGAUGUGGACUUGGACCCAGGCUGUACUCUGAACAAGAAGAUCAGGAAUGCUCAGUUAGCUCAGUACAACUUCAUUUUAGUGGUGGGUGAGAAGGAGAAGAGCAGCGACACAGUGAAUGUUAGGACUCGUGACAACAAGGUGCACGGAGAGAGGAGUCUGACGGACUGCAUGGAGCGCCUCAAACAGCUGAAAGCCUCCAGAACCCGAAACGCAGAGGAAGAAUUCUGAUCUCCACAAACCUCAACUCUUACUUCACACGCCAUAAACUCAACACACCACUGGGCAACAAUGUGGUGCUCUAGAUCAGCCGUAACCUCUCAGCUGGAUCAGUGUGUUAUUCAGGGGCUUCCUUUUUAAAUCACUGACAAUACUGUGUAAUGAAUCAGUCAGUUGUCCUAAAGUCUGUAGAUCUGAUUUACAAUACUUUGCUUUCAAAUCAACUGUAAUAUUAAAUAUUCUGGGAAUGCUUAUUCGUCACAUAGCCAUAGUUGUUUGUUAGAGGAAAGAGGCUUUUCUGUCGAUGUAUGUGGAUAAGGAAAAAUGACAGUAAUGUCUGGAAGUGAUCCUGAUGUGUUAAAGAAAUAAAAAAUAAAUAUUUCCAAU